AGGUUCCAAAACCCAAACCACAACAGCCGUUAAGACUUGUAGAAAAACUCACCGCAUGCACCGCUUAGCUCGUGCACUCCCUGUUCUCAGCUCCGCCGAGUCAAAGAUCCUACUCCCUUCAUCACCCGCCACCGCAACCGCAACCGCAACCGCAACCGCCACCGCCACCAUACCCUUUCGUGGCCUCAAUCCACAGCUAAGAUCUCUAGCCACCAAAAGUCGCAACAAACCCACAGCCAUUUCUGCCUUUAGGCGCCGUGCCAUGGACGCUCCAUCCCCGACAGAUACAACUGGCGUCGAUGAUUUCAUUCACGUGGGCGAUGAGCCAGAUGGAAAUUCACACAGUUCUCAAGAGGGCUCUGUCGAAAGCGUGGUCGACGAGUCUCUGCACGAAAAGAGUGCUGGUGACGGAGAAACUGAAGGCAAUAGUUACAAUUAUGAGAGGAAAAUUCUUCCAGAGGAGCUUUCAAGGAGUGUGGUGGCACUCAGUUGCGAAUCAUUUGCCGAUGGGGGCGUUUGUGAUGUUUAUUUGGUUGGCACCGCCCAUGUGUCUUCGGAGUCCUGCCAAGAAGUUCAAGCUGUGAUCAAUUUCUUGAAACCGCAGGUUGUCUUUUUGGAGUUAUGCUCAAGUCGAGUUGCAGUUCUUACGCCUCAGAAUUUGAAGAUACCAACGAUGGCUGAAAUGCUGGAGAUGUGGAAGAAAAAUCAUAAUCUUUUUGGGAUACUUUACAGCUGGUUUCUUGCUAAGGUUGCUAGUCAGCUCGAGGUUUUGCCUGGGGCAGAGUUUCGUGUGGCAUAUGAAGAAGCGUUGAAGUAUGAUGGCAAGGUGAUACUUGGUGACCGUCCUGUCCAAAUAACAUUACAGAGAACGUGGGCAAAAAUGUCUCUUUGGCACAAGACAAAAUUACUUUACUCCAUCUUGUUUCAAGCAUUUUUCUUGCCAAGUCCUGCAGAUCUCAAUAGAAUGCUGAAAGAAAUGGAUGAUGUUGACAUGUUAACUCUUGUAAUUCAAGAAAUGAGCAAGCAGUUUCCAACUCUUAUGGAAACCCUUGUGCAUGAGCGCGAUCAAUACAUGUCGACCUCGUUAUUAAGAAUUGCAAGGGAGCAUAAUUCAGUAGUUGCAGUUGUUGGAAAAGGGCAUCUGCCAGGAAUCCAGAAGAACUGGAAGCAGCCUGUUGAUGUGAAGCAACUUCUGAGCAUACCUUCAGAAAACCGUACUAUUACUGUCGGGAAGAUUAUCACUACCUUAGGAGUUACAUUUGCUGGGGUCGCCAUCAUAUCCGGCUUUUAUCUCUCGAGCAGGAAAUAGUGUAAGGAGAAUUCAAGAAGUUAUGACAGUCCAUUAUAUGACAGCCUCAUCCUUACGAUCUGGAAGUAUAAUGUGAUAUUCUUUGUUUUUUAGACCACAAUGAAACAUUCUUUGUAACGACACAAAUUUGUGUAUAGACCAAGUUAUUGUCUCAAAUUGUUUAUGCUUUUGAUAUAGAUCAAAAUUUCUGGAUAGACUGAAUUUUCCUUGAUUUUUAAAUGUCAAAGUAGAGAGAAUUUUUCGGGAUUUUUAA